GCAGCCGCAAGCAACUUGGCAGGUAAGCUAUGUCAUAGGCCACACCAAACACAUCACUUGGGAGGGGCGGCCAUUAUCUUUCUUUCCGAGAACUCAUCAAGAAAUUAGGUAGAUAGGUUACACAGAUCUUGGCCUCCUCUUCCUGAGAAUUCAACGCCGGUUCACGAUGUCUGUCGAGCUGCUGACGAAAUUCCUCACGGUUCUGUUCGGGUAUGCCAUGCCGGCGUUGGAGUGCUUCAAGGCGGUCGAGCAGCGGACCGGGCGGACCGAUCAGCUCCGGUUUUGGUGCCAGUAUUGGAUCAUACUAGUCAUCCUGGUCAUAUUCGACGAAAUCGCAGGCGCCCUAAUAUCGAGGAUUCCGAUGUACUAUGAAGUCAAGCUCGCCUUCCUCGUCUACCUCUGGUACCCACAGACAAGGGGGUCUGACAUCGUGUACGAGAACUUCGUGCGGCCGCUGGUGAUGCAGUACGAGCCCAACAUCGAGGAGAGGCUGCGGUACCUGCGGGCCAACGCCGGCGACCUCAUCGUCUUCUACCUCAAGAACUUCACCGACAGGGGAUACGAGCUCUUCCUCCGGGUCCUUGACUUCGCUCAGUCGCAGGCGUCCAGUGGCUCAAGGACAAGGAGGUUCUUCUCGUUCCGAGGGGACCGGGCUGAGAGGCCGAGCUUCGUCGACGACGACUACGUCCACGGCAGCGAUCGGAGGAGCGCGGCCAGGCAGCGGCGACCCCGCGGUGCUGAUUACUAGCGGGCUAGCUAGGAUGGUCGUGGUAGGAUAAGACUGCAAAGAAACCUGAAUGGUUGUAGCCGACUUGUAGGACAAAUAUCGAAACGUAAAAAUGGUUGACAUGAACAGAGCUACUCCUAUUUGAUUGUGGAUAUUUAGGUGGUAUAGGUUUCCAUGUAACUCGAUGUUCAGGCUGAUUAUCAUUAAUAGUUUAGUAAAGUAAUAUUGUUUUA